GAUGGGCCCUGUGCAUCUCGACUCUCGCGAUCUGUCUGCAGAUCUCGUGGGCGGAUCUCUGCAGAUCUCUAGAGGUUCGAGGGAAUCUCUCUGCUCCGAUCCUGCCCGAGUCCAAGCCAUCCUGCACUUCCACCGCCUGUGAGGCAUUCCCGGCCUCUACCGGGGCCUGAUGCCCACCAUGCUGGGCAUUCUGCCUCAUGCAGGGACCAGCUUCUUGGUCUUUGAAACACUGAAGCCCUGGACUCGACGGGCGUUGGGCCUGUGGUCGGAGCGCGACCUGCCUAUUUGGGCGCGGCUGUGCUGUGGCGGUGUGGCAGGGCUGGUGGCCCAGGGCGCCAGCUAUCCACUCCACGUGGUCCGUAGAAGGAUGCAAGUCCAACGCUGCAUCAAAGGCCAAAACAAGUACCACUCGGUCUUGCAUGCACUGCUGACGAUCCUCCGAAAGGAGGGCUUCGUGAAAGGGCUCUACAAAGGGAGCUCGCUGACAUUAAUCAAAGGCCCCGUGAGUGCGGCCUGUGGCUUCACGGCCAAUGAUUUCCUGAAGUCCAUCUUGUUGGGCAGUGCCCAUUCACCCGAGCGCUGCCCUCCGCGUGGGUGGCCUGAUGGCUGCGAGGUGGUCCGCGACCCCAGCAAAGCUCUGAAGAAGCUGACCCCCAUCGACCAUUUGAUGACGGGCGGCGCGGCAGGAGCGGUGGCGAAGACGGUGAUCGCCCCGGCAGAUCGGGUGAAGAUCCUUUACCAAACCAACAACAACCGGCCCUUCUCCUGGCAUGGCGUCAGAAGAACGUUUUUCACCAUCUACACCAAUACCGGUGUGACGGGCCUCUGGCGUGGGCACUGUGCGACUUUGAUGCAGGUGAUUCCCAAGUCGGCGACCACGUACAUGACCUUUGAUCGGUACCGCCAUUGGAUCUCGAAGAGCACUACCCUGGACAAUGUGUCGAUCCGCUUCCUCGCGGGCGCGCUGGCGGGAGCGACGGCCACGAGCCUCACCUACCCGUUGGACAUGAUGCGAGCGCGCAUGGCUGCUCAUUGGGACAUGACGCCGCGCUAUCCCAACUAUUUUGCCGCUUUCGAACGCGUCCUGAAGGAUGAAGGGAUCUCUUCUUUCUACAAGGGCAUCCGACCGACCCUGAUGGGUAUCAUGCCAUACGCUGGAUUGAGCUUCAUGGCCUAUGAGACUCUUAAAGCUCACUUGGUGGCAGAUGAGGCCGACGUGACGGUGCAUCAGCGCUUGUUCUGUGGCGCUUGUGCAGGCAUUUUCGCCCAGUCCACCACCUAUCCCUUGGACAUCAUCCGGAGAAGGAUGCAGGUCCAUCCAGGGCUCUAUCGCAACGAGCUGCACGCGCUCCGCGCCAUCUAUCGCAGCGAAGGUCUCGUUGGAGGUCUCUUUAAAGGCGUCUCCAUGAACUGGAUCAAAGGCCCAGUCGCAGUUGGGGUCUCCUUCACAGUCAAUGAUAUUUUGAAGAAGCAGCUGAUGCAGCAGCACAACUUUUAAUGCAAGUCCCGUCCCCUUCCGUGCGUUUUCCCGGUCUUGCGCAGAUGAAGAUUGCGGGCCCACGCACGGCCACAUGCCCGCUUUCGAGGGGCCCUGG